AUGUCUGGACUUGCUUCUGACGAAGUGGCCGAGGACUACAAGAACUCCUUGGAAGAUCUCACCACCAAUGACCGCUUCCAAAUCAGCAAUCUGACGGUCAUUGCGAAGGAAAAUACAGAACAUGCGAUGGCCAUCUCUCGCGUGUUGGAGAAUCAUAUCCGAACAACACCACCAACGCAGAAGUUGCCUGCUCUAUAUGUAGUCGACUCAAUUGUCAAGAAUGUAGGGACACCCUACACUCUAUUCCUGGGCCGCAACAUGUACCAGACGUUCAUGAAUGCCUACACCUUGGUCGACUCGCAAACUCGCCGCAAGCUGGACGAAAUGCUCAAGACGUGGAAAGAGCCGGUUCCGGGCUCGUUGGAUACAAGACCGGUCUUCCCUCCGGAGAUUACGCGCGGCAUUGAGAGUGCCCUGAUCAAAGCGAGAACAGCCGCUCUUCAGCAACAGCAGGCCAGGAGUCAGCAGGAGAUUCGAACCCGGAGCCGAGUUGCGACUCCUCCCGGCUGGACUAACAGCCCGACAAUGCUCCAGAACGCUCGUCAAUACCCUCCGAAUGGACAAGCCCCAAGCUACCAGUCUACGGAAAACUCAUACCCUUUACGAUUCACUCCGACUCCUCAGCAAUCCCAGGAGGUCGAUUUAGCAGCGUUGAAUCGAGACAUUGAGUCUUUAAUCACAGCAGCUCGGAGCGAAUUUACCAACAAUCCCCUCGAUCCUUCCGUGCAGCAACGACUGAAAGCUCUGCUAGAUUUACAGGGUAUCCUGCAGCGCCAGGAACUGACGCAAGAGCAGUUGAGACUAGUUCGGAACCAAGUCUCUGCCCUGGGCCCGAAGCCGGUAUUACCGACUGCACAGGCCGUUUCUCCCAUCCCGGCAGUUUCAACACCGUCUAUGGCAGCCACGCCGGCUCAACCCGUUUCACAACCUCUUCAGCAACUUCUGAAUCCAGGGACAUUGGCGGGACUCAUUAAAGCAACGGCAGCACGCCAGCAGCCCACUCCCCCACCUCAGGCUGCGAACAUCCUACCUCAGAUGCCAACAGGGAAUAGUACUCCGCUGCCCGUUACCGCAUCGACGCCUGAAAAUCCUCUUAUUGCGGCGCUGAGGGCACGAGGUCUUUUGCCAGGUGCUGCUGUUCCUCCUUCAACCGCCCCGACACCGAAUAUGGCCCCUGCAUUUCCAUUCAUUGUUCCUGGCCAGGUGCGAUAUACGCCUCCUGUACAAGCUCCACAGGCCAUGGGCGCCUCAGAAAGUUUUAUGGACGUACAGAUGAAUACUGCAUCUAUCAAGAUACCACGACCUGGUCUGAUUGCUAGUCUCUAUGAAGCAAAAUCGAAUCGGUGUGGGACAUGCGGCCGUCGCUUUUUUGCAACGGAAGAAGGAAAAGAAAAGAAGGCGCGCCAUCUGGAUUGGCAUUUUAAGACAAACCAACGAAUGGCAGAAGCUGCCAAGCGAGCUCAAAACCGCAGUUGGUAUGUCGAUGAACGGGAUUGGAUCAAAUCCCGAGAGGUUGGAGACGAUCAGAAUCUCGCCGAUGCAGAAGCUCCCGGUGAUAGUGCAGCCGGUGCGGAUGGCAGUUCAGCAAAAAGAGGACCCCCGAAACAGUGGAUCCACGCCCCGAACGAUGCAACCUUGCGCAAUACACCAUGCCCCAUCUGCCAGGAAAAGUUCGAGUCGACGUGGUCCGAAGAAGUCCAGGAUUGGAUUUGGCAAGAUGCCGUCAAGGUUGGGAAUCGUGUCUAUCACGCCAGUUGCUAUUCUGAAGUUACCAAAGAUGGACCGGGCCCUGCUGGUGGAAACACGCCUAUAGGGCGUACUGGCACUCCGGAUUCUGUGCUAGGCAAGCGGAAGGCAGAGGUAAGAUUAUUUAGGGAGGUCUUCGAGUUCGGUUUGGCUAACCAUACAUCGCAGGGCACUGACUCUCCUGGGCAUCAUGUUCGAGUCAAAAUGGAACCCGUUUGA